AUCGCUAUGCAGUAGAUGUCACUGCAACAGAAAGCGAUAAGGCCGAGAACGAAUGUCUUUUGUUUAGUUAGGGAAUAUUUUUAUUGACGUAUUACCUCAAUUUUAUAGACAAACGAUGUCAAAACGACACCGUUUAGACAUUGGGGAUUGUUCAACAUCCUCUAAGAAGCAUUCGAAUGAGAAUGACAGGAAGGACAGAAGUAAAGAUGGUGACCGAAACAGCUCUCGUACAUUAACAUCAGCUCCCACAAAGCUUCCACCGAUGAAGCAAAUGGCUAUUAAUCCCUUCACAGGCCUACCAUUUACACCACGCUAUCACACAAUCCUGGCCAAAAGGAUCCAACUACCUGUGUUCGAGUACAAAGAAAAGUUUAUGGAAAUGUUAGAUAAGUACCAAGUCACUGUACUGGUUGGUGAAACUGGUUCAGGUAAAACAACACAGAUUCCUCAGUGGUGUCUAGAAUACGUACGCGUGAAGUAUGCAUUGGCAAACAAAAAGGGAGUGGCAUGUACACAGCCACGACGAGUAGCGGCUAUGAGCGUCGCACAGCGUGUGGCUGAUGAGAUGGACAUAAUGAUUGGUAAUGAAGUUGGUUACAGUAUACGAUUCGAGGACUGCACUAGUAACAAGACAAUUCUUAAAUACAUGACAGAUGGUAUGUUGCUACGUGAAGCAAUGACUGACCCGCUGUUAGAACGUUAUGGUGUUAUCUUGCUUGAUGAGGCUCACGAACGUACACUAGCUACGGACAUCCUAAUGGGUCUGCUGAAGGAGGUAGAGAAGCAACGGCCCGAUUUAAAAAUUGUUGUUAUGAGCGCCACUCUUGAUGCUGGCAAAUUUCAAUCUUACUUCUCAAAUGCUCCUCUCAUGACUGUUCCUGGUCGUACACAUCCAGUCGAAAUAUUCUACACCCCCAAACCUGAGAGGGACUAUCUGGAAGCCGCUGUGCGCACUGUUGUCCAGAUUCAUGUAUGUGAAGAAAUUGAAGGCGACAUCCUUUUGUUUCUCACAGGUCAAGAGGAAAUUGAAGAGUGUUGCAAACGUAUGAAGCGUGAAAUUGAUACUCUAGGCCCAGAGGUAGGGGAGCUUAAGUCGAUUCCCCUGUACUCAACACUUCCCCCUCAACAACAACAAAGAAUCUUUGAGGCUGCCCCGCCAAAGAAGGCGAACGGAGCCAUCGGUAGAAAAGUUGUAGUCUCUACCAACAUUGCAGAAACAUCCCUGACAAUCGAUGGUGUUGUGUUUGUCAUAGAUCCAGGAUUUGCGAAGCAGAAGGUAUACAACCCACGUAUUCGAGUUGAGUCGCUGCUUGUCUCUCCCAUUAGUAAAGCCAGUGCCCAACAGAGAGCGGGUCGUGCUGGCCGUACCAAACCAGGAAAGUGUUUCCGCCUUUACACAGAGAAGGCCUACGAGAGUGAGAUGCAGAGCAACACAUACCCAGAAAUUUUAAGAUCCAACCUGGGAACAGUUGUACUGCAACUGAAAAAACUUGGAAUUGAUGAUCUUGUGCAUUUUGACUUCAUGGACCCACCAGCACCAGAGACACUGAUGAGGGCUCUUGAACUUCUGAACUACUUAAGUGCAUUGGAUGAUAAUGGUGAUCUGACGGAGUUAGGCUCGAUGAUGGCAGAGUUCCCUCUUGAUCCUCAACUGGCCAAGAUGGUGAUCGCUAGCGCCCAGUACAAUUGCUCAAACGAAAUCUUAUCAGUCACUGCCAUGUUAUCAGUUCCACAGUGUUUUGUACGACCAAACGAGGCGAAGAAAGCUGCAGAUGAUGCAAAGAUGAGGUUUGCACAUAUUGACGGUGACCACCUGACCCUUCUGAACGUUUACCAUGCAUUUAAACAAAGUAAUGACGAUCCUCAGUGGUGUUAUGACAACUUCAUCCAGUAUCGUUCCAUGAAGUCAGCAGACAAUGUACGGCAGCAGCUUGCGAGAAUCAUGGACCGGUUUGCAGUGAAACGGACUAGUACAGACUUCAAUAGCAAGGACUAUUACAUGAACAUUCGCAAAGCGCUUGUCUCAGGGUUUUUUAUGCAGGUAGCACAUCUUGAAAGGACUGGACAUUACCUGACCGUAAAGGACAACCAGGUUGUUCAGCUUCAUCCUUCUACUUGUCUUGACCAUAAGCCAGAAUGGGUGUUGUACAACGAGUUUGUAUUAACAACCAAGAACUACAUCCGUACAGUAACAGAUAUCAAACCUGACUGGCUGAUCCGCAAUGCUGCACAAUACUACAACAUGGAGAACUUCCCACAAUGCGAGGCCAAGAGGGUUUUGGAGAGGUUGAUAGCUAAGCUGCAAGCUCGAGAGUAUGCAAGCUCGACACAAGCAUGAACAUAUCUUUAUUAGUAGCCGCUCCUAGAGAUAAAUCGCGUCAACAUCCCCGAAUGUUUGAAAUCAGUUAUGUUUUUACUGUUAAUAUCAAGUAUGCAUUACAUUCAGUCCUUUGUGUAUUUUUUAAUGCGUUGUCAGCUUUGUAAGUUUUUUACUUACAAUUAUUAUGUAUUAUUUAUUACUUACAGGACAUUAAUUGUGUCAUCACAUGUAAACUAUUAACUGUUAAUUUGAAGAAAAAAAACCUCCCAAAAAAGUAGAAAUGUGUAACAUAGGUGAGAGUACAUGAUUAAUUUUGUAUCUGCUCAAGAAUUCCACAAAGGUACAUAUGUAUCAUGUAAACAAAACAAAAAAUGGAUAUAUUAAAAUUUAUGUAAGGAAGUAUUGGCUCGCGAUUGUAUGCUGUUAUGCUUUAACUAUUUAGAUUUCAUAUUCAUUUUAGAAACAAGAAUUUAUGGACAGUAAUUUGUACUGCAAAUGUAUUUGUUUGUUGAAUAUUUGUUUUAACAAUGCCUAAUUGUGAUGAUGGAAAAGUCGCAAGUACUGUAUUUCAUCUUGUCAUAAUUACUACCACUACGUAAAUUGGUCCAGUAGUUGUGUGUACAGAGCACCAAGUUUAUUAAUCCUCUUCAUAAAUAUUUCUAUUGCACUUUACUACUGUACUGUUGUGUGUAGGUCCAGUUUUCUUCUUACAGUAUAGCAUUGUUAGCAGUUACAUGGGAACAAAAUAACCCUUCACAGUAAAAUGAGCUAUUUCGCCAUUAAAUGUGUUCCAAAAGCAACUGUACAUUACAGUCUCAUGCUACAUUGCGAGUCCAAGGAGGAAUCUAAAAAGGUUGAUAGAAAAGCUCUCAAAGUCUGUAAAAUGCUGCUUGUCUUUUCACCAUUACUCAUCAGUAAUAGGGCUACUCAUGCUGUAUUAAAUAUGAUUUUUCUAAUACAGUAUGCAAAUGCAUACUUUGCUUGUUUAUAAAGACAAAAGAUUAUCUCAAAGCCUUUAAACACUCUACCUAUUAGUGUUUCACUAUAAUGAUUAUGAAGAUUGAAUAGUAACGUACAUGUAAGAAGUUAGUAGCUGAAAUGAUAUGCAAUUACGCGUAAUAUCUUUAAAAUUGCGUCUGUACAUAUACAAAAUAAAAGUGAAAGACAGCCACA